AUGGCUAUUUCUAAAGUUUACGCUAGAUCCGUCUACGACUCCCGUGGUAACCCAACUGUCGAAGUUGAAUUAACUACCGAAAAGGGUAUGUUCAGAGCCAUCGUCCCAUCUGGUGCUUCCACCGGUAUCCACGAAGCUCUAGAAAUGAGAGAUGAAGACAAGGCUAAGUGGUUAGGUAAGGGUGUUCUAAAGGCCGUUGCUAACGUUAACGAUGUCAUUGCCCCAGCUUUGAUCAAGGCUAACCUAGAUGUCAAGAACCAAAAGGCUCUAGAUGACUUCAUGAUCAACCUAGAUGGUACUCCAAACAAGUCCAAGCUAGGUGCUAACGCCAUUCUAGGUGUCUCUUUGGCUGCUGCCAGAGCCGCUGCUGCUGAAAAGAACGUCCCAUUGUACCAACAUUUGGCCGAUCUUUCCGCUCAAAAGACCGGUGACUACGUUCUACCAGUUCCAUUCCUAAACGUCUUGAACGGUGGUUCUCACGCUGGUGGUGCUCUAGCUCUACAAGAAUUCAUGAUUGCUCCAACUGGUGCUAAGACCUUCGCUGAAGCUCUAAGAAUCGGUUCCGAAGUUUACCACAACCUAAAGUCUCUAACCAAGAAGAGAUACGGUGCUUCUGCUGGUAACGUCGGUGACGAAGGUGGUGUUGCUCCAAACAUUCAAACUGCUGAAGAAGCUCUAGACUUAAUUGUCGAUGCUAUCAAGGCUGCUGGUCACGACGGUAAGGUUCAAAUCGGUCUAGAUUGUGCCUCUUCCGAAUUCUUCAAGGACGGUCUAUACGAUUUGGACUUCAAGAACCCACAAUCUGACAAGUCUAAGUGGUUAACCGGUGUUCAACUAGCUGACCUAUACCACUCUCUAAUGAAGAAGUACCCAAUUGUCUCCAUUGAAGAUCCAUUUGCUGAAGAUGACUGGGAAGCUUGGUCUCACUUCAACGCUACCGCUGACAUCCAAAUCGUCGCUGAUGAUUUAACUGUCACCAACCCAAAGAGAAUUGCCACUGCCAUUGAAAAGAAGGCUGCUGACGCUCUAUUGCUAAAGGUUAACCAAAUCGGUACUCUAUCCGAAUCUAUCCAAGCCGCUCAAGACUCUUACGCCGCUAACUGGGGUGUUAUGGUUUCCCACAGAUCUGGUGAAACUGAAGAUGUCUUCAUUGCUGACUUGGUUGUUGGUCUAAGAACUGGUCAAAUUAAGACUGGUGCUCCAGCCAGAUCCGAAAGAUUGGCUAAGUUGAACCAACUUUUGAGAAUCGAAGAAGAACUUGCUGGUAAGUGCACUUACGCUGGUGCUAACUUCCACCACGGUUUCAAGUUAUAA